AUGGAAGUUUCACUGAACACCGAAACGAGACCUCUUCAUUCAUGUCGGGAUACCGUUAUGCUUUCAAAUCCCCCAGCCACUGAUGCCGCUCACAUCCUACGAGAAAUGACUAUUCCUAUCAAGGACGAAGCCAGGAGGAUUUUGUCAAUCAUAACCCAAUCUUAUCAGAGCAUCCCAUCCAAUAAAUGGCUAUAUGACGGUGAACCUGAGGCAGAACGAUGUCCAUUACUCUACUUUUUCGGGCCGCAAUACGACGAUACUAUCGAAAGUCAUUCUGAAAAUGACGGUAGUGGCAGUCAAGCAGGUAGUGAGAUCUGGACUAGCAGUGAUCCUGAUGGAGAAAUCCAAAGUGUUAUGGCUUGUAAAUUGCCUCAUAAGGUCUACGAGGCACAAGGGAUUAGGAACGUCUAUGCUGAAAGAUUGUGGGGAAUCCUUCCGGAAGACAAAGUUAACUGGUUGAGGGAUGAGUCAGGAAACGCAUCUGCCGAAUUGAGAGCCACCCUCGAGUUCAAACAUGAAGACUCGGUCGAAUUGCAAUUCCUCUUCACGGACCCAUCAAGUCGGAGUCAAGGACACGGAACAAAGUUGAUCGAGAAGAUGAAAGAGCUCUCAGAGCGAAAUGGGCUUCCCUUCUGGUUGUCUGCUCAUAAUGAUGGUACGCGAAGCUUUUACGAACUAAAGGGAGGCUUGAAACGAGGAUCAACAGUGGAACUACCUUUUGGUCAUGGGAAAUCGUCUGAUCUGACUGCUUUCACCUAUAUUCCUGACCAGCUGAAAUCAUGA